CUUCCCCUGCAGCCUGUCUGCCUGUCUGGCUGUCUGUGUGUUGUUUUGUGUGCAUGUGGAAGCAAAGUGUCCUGAGGGCCUUGUAACAAAGAUCCUCGACACUUUCAGUGUGUGUGAGACGGUGGUGAUAUGAAGAACUCAGACGGUAUUCUUGAUUUGCACUAAUGAAAAGUAGAUAUUUAUUUUUAUUUAGCAGAAAGGAGCCAUUCUGUUGAGCCAAAGCAGCUUCUGUCACUCUCCCUGGCUUUUGUUCCCUGGCUAGACGUCUUCGCUGGUUCAUGUCACUCAGUUAGCUAGUUUAAGUUCAUUACAGUUGAAGGAAAAUGUCCACCGACUGCCAGAAGACAACUGCCAAGACCAUCCCGUCGACCAGGAGGGUGAUCAUCAACAACGCGGACCACAUGCCCCACGACUACUCCACCACCCCGGGAGGAACCCUGUUUAGCACCACUCCUGGAGGAACCAGGAUCAUCUAUGACCGAAAGUUCCUGCUAGAGUGCCGCAGCUCUCCGCUGACCAGGACCCCUCCUCGAGGGUUGCCCCCCAUUCCAGGGGUCACUAGUCCGCCAUCCAAAGGGCCCAAUGAGAAGACUGUCAAUGGGGAAGUUGAGAACAACAACUCCAUUUCUGCUCCUGAAACGAGCAAUGCUGGUGAAGACGCACAGUUUGAAAUGGACAUCUAGGCAGAGCUUUGCGACGAUUACAUUGUGACAAAGAGAUGACCAGGAGCACCUGGUGAUUUCAGUCUGGCUUCAUCAUCAUGUUGUUUCAGCAUCCAUCAGUUUCACUCUCUUUUGGUUCUUUUGUGCAGAACAACGCUGUUUUCUGUUUGCUUCAAAGCUCAGACCAUUUUUCCUUUUAUUUUAGUUUUUUUUUUUUAACAUGAAAGUGUGCCUUCCUGUAGUGGCUUGUGAGUUAAAAAUCACCACUGAAAAGUACCUAACAACAGCAAAGCCUCAUCGAUGGGUAACCUGAGCACUUGAAGGAGAUACAGAGCUAAUCCUCUGAAUAUACAUUCAUUCCAGAAGCGCUUGUCGCUCAGUGUGGUUCCAUAAUCCUGCCAGCUGUCUUCAGAUACUGCCUUCAGAUACUACAAAUGCUGUCCACCUCAAGUGUUACAUAAAGAAUGUAAAACUGUCUUUUUUUUUUUUUUGAUGUCACAAAACAAUUUUCACACUGUUUGUGGUUUGAAUAAAGGAAUGACGAUUAACCUGU